AUGUCGCGAUGCAACCCAACACAUUGGAGCUUCGACAUUGAUCGAUUCCUCAACCCCUUCGUGCCGCCGCCACCGUGGAAUUAUAUCCCAUAUCCCAUCGCGCAUUUCUUCGGACACCGCAAAAGCAAGCCAGACAAUGUCGGCAACCUCGUCCCGACCUUCUGGGCCUGCAUCGGUGUCUUCUGCGGCGUCGCCGUCGUGGCGAAGGUCUCACAACAAAUACCCUCCUUCAGAGAACAUGGCGCCCCUAUCAUCGUCGGAAGCUUUGGCGCAGCCGCCGUCUUAGAGUUCUACUCCAUCGAAUCACCUCUCGCUCAGCCCCGCAACUCAGUCCUCGGACAGCUCCUUGCCGCGCUCGUGGGGGUCGCCAUCUGCAAGCUGUUCCAGCUGAGCCCGCACUUCGAGGAGAUACGCUGGCUGGGAGGCGCCCUGUCCUGCGCCCUCGCGACCACCGUAAUGGCGCUUACGAAGACGGUGCAUCCCCCUGCUGGCGCGACGGCGCUGCUGGCCGUCGUGGACGACGGGGUUGUCCAUCUGGGAUGGUUCUUGGUGCCCAUCGUGAUGCUUGGCUGUGUCGUAAUGCUUGCCACCGCGCUAAUCAUUAACAAUAUCCAACGGCGCUUCCCGAUGUAUUGGUGGACACCCGAGGACGUUCGGUUGCACCGUGUGCCGUGGAGACGGCGGCGGGUCGACGAGGAAAACCAGGAGAAGGUCGUGAAAGAAGAGGCGGCGGACGAGGCGGACUCCAGUGGCAGGAGUGACACUACCAUGAAGCCUGACCCGGUUUUGAUUAUGAGGCCUGGGGAAGUUAUCGUCCCCGAACACAUGUUCAUCACACCUGAAGAGAAGGUGUUCUUGGAGCAGCUGAGUCAACGGCUGUGA